UCAAACGUGUUCUCCAUGUUUGAGCAAAGCCAGAUUCAGGAGUACAAGGAGGCUUUCACAAUUAUUGACCAGAACAGAGAUGGGAUCAUCAGCAAGGAUGACCUGAAGGACGUGCUGUCCUCCAUGGGUCAACUGAACGUGAAGAAUGAGGAGCUGGAAGCCAUGAUCAAGGAAGCCAGCGGCCCUAUCAACUUCACCGUUUUCCUCACCAUGUUUGGCGAGAAGCUGAAGGGUGCUGACCCUGAGGACGUCAUCGUGAGCGCUUUCAAGGUCCUAGACCCUGCCAACACCGGUGCCAUCAAAAAGGAAUUCCUUGAGGAGCUCCUGACCACUCAGUGCGAUAGGUUCUCAGCCGAGGAGAUGAAGAACCUCUGGGCUGCAUUCCCCCCAGAUGUGGCCGGCAACGUAGACUACAAGAACAUAUGUUACGUCAUCACACACGGAGAGGAAAAGGAGGAGUAGAGGACAUGAGCAAGAUGAUGAAAACCCGCAUCCUUCACAUCUUCACCACCCCUACUUUCUUGCUUCCUCCGCAUUCUCCCUCUCACAAAGACUUGUCUCAUUCAUCGGGAUGCCGUGUGAGAGCUCAGGACAUUCUGGGUACAUGAGUGAGAGUGUAGAGGAAAAUGGGAGUAUUUUCAAUAAAAUAAUGUGAUUCCAUCUUUCUCUCUCAUUCCCUCCCUUAGAUUCCUCAUCUUCCUCUGUACCUCCCUUCAUCAUUCUUUCUCUCUCUGUAAACACCAGCCGUAAGGUGAUAGUUGACUAGACUGGUGUGCAUGAACAUUUUGCUC